AAUUGACAAGUUGUCAGCUUCGGUUGACAGUAGUUGUCAAGUCAAUCCGCUUGCGAUAUCCUACCAAAGAAAAUUGUGUUAAUUUUCCUUAGAAAAUCUUAUCGGUGUCUCCGUUUGUCCUCAGUCCACAACACAGGCACAAAUGACGAAUCAAGCGUCCCCGGUGGAGGAGCAGGAGAAACUCCUGGAUGAAGCCUUGAAUAUAGUCAAAGUGCAGGCAUUUCAAAUGAAGAGAUGUCUGGACAAAUCGAAGUUGAUGGACGCUUUGAAACACGCGUCGACCAUGCUUGGGGAGCUGAGAACUUCUCUGCUGUCACCGAAAAGCUAUUAUGAGCUUUACAUGGCAAUCACCGACGAACUACGUCACCUAGAACUGUACCUCUUAGAAGAAUUCCAGAAGGGCCGCAAGGUCGCCGACCUGUACGAGCUGGUGCAGUACGCGGGGAACAUCGUGCCGCGUCUGUACUUACUGAUCACUGUCGGAUUGGUGUAUAUCAAGACUAAUACGAAUCUGAGGAGGGAUCUGUUGAAGGACCUGGUAGAGAUGUGUCGCGGCGUCCAGCAUCCGCUUCGCGGCCUGUUCCUCAGGAACUACCUGCUGCAGUGCACCAGGAACGUGCUGCCUGACACUUCAGAAGCUCAGAACGAAAACGAGGGGGUUGUUAAAGACGCUAUCGACUUUGUGCUGAUGAACUUCGCUGAAAUGAACAAGUUGUGGGUGAGGAUGCAGCAUCAAGGACACUCCAGGGACAAGGAACGCCGCGAACGCGAACGUUCCGAACUCCGUAUCCUAGUCGGGACGAACUUGGUCCGUUUAUCCCAGCUUGAGUCCGUGACCGUGGACGACUACAGACGCCUCGUCCUGCCCGGGAUACUGGAACAGGUCGUCAGCUGUCGAGACGCGAUCGCACAGGAGUAUCUUAUGGAGUGUAUUAUACAGGUAUUCCCUGACGAGUUCCACCUGGCGAACCUGCAGCCGUUCCUCAAGUCCUGCGCCGAGCUGCAGCCCGGCGUCAACAUCAAGAACAUCAUCAUCGCUCUCAUAGAGAGACUCGCCACUUAUAGCCAGAGAAACGAAGGCAACAUAAAUUUAAGCGUAGUUCUAGAAGAUGGUAAGGAACAAGAGGUACAACUCUUCGAAGUAUUCUCCGACCAGGUUGCUGCUAUUACACAGAGCCGCGUCGAUAUGCCCCCGGAAGACAUGCUGUCCCUACAGUUGGCAUUACUGAAGCUAGCUCAGAGGUGCCACCCUGACAAACUUAACUAUGUCGAUAGAGUAUUAUUACAUACGGAUAAGAUUUGUGCUGAUAUACACCAGUCUAGCGGCAAAACCCAUUUAGAACACAACACAGCGGUAUUCAAAGAGCUGAUGAAGAUCCUCAAGCUCCCCGCAGACCACUACAAGAACAUCCUGACGCUCAUCAAGCUGCAGAACUACGCGCCGCUUAUAAAGCACCUCAACCACCCCGGCAGGACUAUGAUAGCGGUGCAUCUUAUCAACGAUGUAUUGGAUACUGAUUGUUUGAUAUCCACGCCUGAGGAUGUGGAGUCAGUACUAGCGAUGUUAGACGUACUAGUCAAGGACCAGCCCGAUCAGGGUACAGCGGAGCCAGAUGUUGAAGACUUCAUGGAGGAGCAGGGCUUGCUGGCAAGAUUGAUCCACCACUUCAAGUCGGACUCGGCCGACCGUCAGUACCUGAUCCUGAGCGCGGCCCGCAAGGCGCUCCAGGCGGGCGGCGCGGCCCGCAUACAACACAGCUUCCCGCCGAUACUGUUCCACGCGUACAGACUCGCACACACUUAUAAAGAGCUCAAGGAUACUGACGACAUGUGGGAGAAGAAAUGUCAGAAGAUAUUCCAGUUCUGUCACCAGACCAUCAGUAUGUUAGUGAAAGCUGAACUCGCCGAACUGCCACUAAGGUUAUAUCUCCAAGGCGCCCUGGCAAUCAGUGAGAUCGGUUUCGCGAACCACGAAACGAUAGCCUACGAGUUCCUGUCGCAAGCCUUCUCGCUGUACGAGGACGAGAUAUCGGACAGCAAGGCGCAGCUGGCAGCCAUCACACUCAUCAUAGCGACUUUCGAACAGAUUAACUGCUUCGGCGCUGAAAACGCGGAGCCAAUGCGUACCCAAUGCGCCCUGGCGGCCAGCAAGCUGCUGAAGAAGCCCGACCAGAGCCGCGCGGUGGCACUCUGUGCGCAUCUGUUCUGGAAGGCGGCCAAGGAUGGGAAGCAGUGGCCCCUAAACGACGCGUCCCGCGCGCUGGACUGCCUGAAGAAGGCGGCGCGCGUGGCGCAGCAGUGCAUGGACGGCGGCGUGCAGGCGCAGCUGCUGGCCGAGCUGCUGGGCCGCUACGCGCUGCUGCGGGAGCGCGGCAACACCAGCCUCACCACCAACCUCAUCGACGCGGUGAUCCAAAAAAUCCGUGAGGAGCUAGCGAACCUGGACCAGUCUGAGGAGGUGGAACAGAUCACGAAGCACUUCCACAACACGCUGCAGCAUCUGAAGAACAGGAUGGAGUGCCCCGACCCUGACGGGCUAGGAUAUGAAGGCCUUACUCUUUCUUAAGCUGUCGGUUAAGAGAUUCAACCUGUUUAGCGGCUGGUUGGAGAGUGUAUAGUAAUUUUUGAAGGUACUUUGUUUGGAGGAUGAAUCGUUGAUGCGAGUUGUCAAGUAUAAUAAGGUAUUUGACUAAGGGCCGAUUUUUCAAUCGCCAGAUAACUUUUAUUUGACGAAUAAGUUUGACGUAUU